AUGUCUUCGUCAAAGGAUGAUGAUAUUAGGGUGGUUGUCGCGAUUGACUUCGGUACGACGUAUUCCGGAUACGCUUUUGCUCACAAGUCCGAUCCAAAAAACAUCAUCGUACAAGACAAAUGGAUGGACUCUAUAGGUUAUAAAACUCCAACCAUCAUAAAAUAUCAAGAUGAUACAUUCACCACCGUAAAAUCUUGGGGUUAUUCAGCAAUGGUUAAAAAGCCAAGGAAGAAGAAUUCUAGUCAAUUAAACAUGGAAUUGUUUAAAUUGUUACUAUUAAAUAGUUCUUCAAUGGAACUUAAUUUACCUGAUAAUUUGGAUUAUAAAAAAGUGAUCACGGAUUAUUUGGAAAAAUUAUGUGAAAUGAUUAAAAAAAGUUUAAGCAACCGAUGGAAAGAUUUACAUUUUUAUACUAACGUGUUGACCGUGUUCACGAUCCCGGCGGAAUUUGAUGAUGAUGCAAUUCAGACGAUGCGCGAAUGCGCUUUUGACGCGAGAUUUACUAUUGAGAAAUUUAGCAGAAAUCUGAUAUUCACUACGGAACCCGAAGCUGCCGCGGUGUAUUGUUUGGAUUCUUUGAAAACAACAUAUAAAUUGAAACCCGGAGAAUCAUUUAUGGUUGUGGAUUGUGGCGGUGGCACAGUGGAUUUGUCAAGGCAUGAAAUAUUAACCAAUAAUGGGUUGAGUGAAUUAACCGAACGAACAGGUGAAAGUUGUGGAUCAAGUUUUAUAGAUAAGAAAUUUGUAGAAUUUCUUGGUAAUAAAUUGGGAAAAAACGCCAUUGAACUGAUAAAAAAAAAUCACAAGAGUUUCAUACAAUAUAUGGUACAAGAGUUUUGCAGACGAGUAAAGAUCCCUUUUACGGGACGAAAGGUAGAUUUUAAAGAUUAUAAGAUCGAAUUAGAUGAUUAUCCUUGGAUAAAAGAUAUCAUUGAAGGGGAAGAAAAGCGAUCAUUAAGAAAUAAUGAUUGGUCAAUAACGGUUAGAUUCAAUGAUGUUAAAAAAAUGUUUGAUCCCAUUAUAAACGAGAUUAUUGAUUUGAUAAGAGACCAAUUAGAAAAGGAUCAUGCAAAAUGCUCUGCGAUAAUGUUUGUUGGCGGAUUUGGUGAAUCCAAAUAUUUAUUAUAUAAGAUUAGAAGGGAAUUUAGCAAUGUUGUACCGAUAUCGAUGAUUAAUGAAGCACCGAAACCUAUAGUCGCGGUCGUGAAAGGUGGCGUUCAAUUUGGACUCCAAAAUGAAAUUGUGGUAAAUCGAGUCUUAAAGCGAACAUACGGAACGGAUAUCGUGCGAAGGUCUUUACCAAAUGAUCCAGCAACACAAAGACUUCCAAAUGGCUAUACAAUAAUUUUUGAAACGCUUGCGAGACGUGGUAACCAAGUUUCAACAAAUGAAAAGGUUACUAGAUACUAUAAACCAUCCUCAUUAACGCAAAGUAAUAUUAGUUUUGAUAUGUAUGUUACAAACCGUCAUAAUGUUAAAUUCUGUGAUGAACCAGGAGUGAAAUUACUUCGUAAUUGGGAAAUAGAGUCUGAAAUUGACGGUUAUGAUGAUGAUACGACCAUUAUUUUUACUUUAAAUUUUGGCACUGUAGAAAUUUUGGCCACCGCUGAGAGGAAGAAUGGGAAGGUGAUUAAUGAAGUUGAAGAACCAUCUAAUGAUAAUAGUGACACUGAAUCAGAGUAA